GAUCGUGUGGUUCAACAAUUUUGCUUUUGCUUUCUUGGGUUAGGAGUGGCGAAACGGCGUCUUGGGCACUCAACUGCUUUCUGGACAGCGUUUUGCGGUCUUUGCCUCGACUGGAGAUGAGCACCGGGUCCACUCCGUAUAGGUGUCUUUUUCAACUUAGACUACGGGGAUAUCAGGUAGUCGGUCUCGCAUGGGCAAGGAUUAGCGGGGGAACGCGCAAGAGGAGAGAACGGAGACGGAUACGGAAAGGGUACUCUCAACUGGCCUUCCAGACGGCUUUUAGUUGCAUAGACCUUGUUCAACAACGGGCAUACAUGUCACAGAGGGGGCGGCUUGGUUUCUUUCAGGAUUUCCGCGGCUUUCAAGAUACCCUAGUCUUCAACCAUAAAAGGGGGGCUUUAGAUCUGGGCGGAGGAACACUGUCGACUCAACGAGACAGACAUACAAACACUUAGAUAUCGGCGAGAUAUAGAACGCCAGAAGCACAAUUCACCUUCGAUGCUGCAGGUCUCUUCUCUCAUAAGGGGGGUA